AUGUUUGUUGUUAACGGUACACUUGAUAAUUUACUCAAACCUGAAAACAGACUAUUAUUUAUCACAGUUCUUACUUAUCAUGUCAUCGGUGGUCGAGAAUAUACUUCAACUAGACUUCUUGUCACGAAGCCACCAUUCAAUCUUACUACGUUAGAAGGAAAUACAACAUCGAUUACUCUCAGUGGUAACAAUCUCAAAAUCAAUGAUGCUAUCAUUAUCAUCGCUGAUGUUCUUGCUACCAACGGCAUUAUUCAUGUUUUGGAUACAGUACUUCUUCCACCGUCACGUCAACAAGAUGCGGAUCAACAAACCAUAUAUCUAUGUAUUAUGGUAAUAAGUUAG